UUGUAUCUAUUUUUCGUGUUUGAUUUGGGAGAGAUUUUUAGGGUGCGGUCCACUCUUGAUUUUGUCAUCACUGGAGAUUGGAUUUUCUCUGGCGGAAAUUCAUUGGAUUCUUGGGAUCCACGAGGUGUGGAAUGUGGCGAAGACUCAGCGUUGCUGCGAUUAAUGCCUUGAUUUGCGAGUGGUUUCCAGUUUUUGAACUGCUUGAUUGAGGUAAUUUGAGCUCAAUUUCUGGGGUUUUGGUUGAUUUUAUGGUGGAAAGCGGAGAGCUUUCGGUGGGAUUUAGUUGGUAGUGAGCUCCAAAAGAUGGGAUGUCUUUGAGUUUUGAUUGAAACUUGGUGGUUUUUGAUGGAGAUAUGGGGAGGAUAGAGCUCAGAAGUAGUGGCAUUGGUGGUGCUUUGGGGUGAAAAUUGGAGAAAUCUCAUCUUUUUGAGGUUUUUUUAUUGUUUUAUUUGAAUGCUUGCUGAAAGUUGAGUUUUUGAUGAUUUUUCUGAGAGAAUGAGAAGCAGGAAUCUCAAGGUUCGAAGGUUUAUGAGCUCUGUUUGGUUAUAAAGGUGGCAUUUUUUAUGAUAAGUUUUACUGGGAGAGCUUUGCUCUGAUCCCUUUGGUGAUUAGAUUGAAGGGAGCUAGGGCUUGAAUUGUAGUUCUUCUCCCAAAUUUCAAGCUUUAAACUGAGGUUCGGCAUUAAUGGAUCAGUUUAUCCACCGUUUAGUGAUUCUCAUUGCGUUUGGUGGCCUUCUCAUUGCUUAUAAGUCUGAAGCUCAGUCUGGAAGCUCAAGAAGCCAAUUGGAUACUCUUCUUCAAGAUUACGGCUACCAAGCUUUUGUUCGUCCACGCACCGGAGUAUUCUAUGAUGGCACUGCGCCAGCCAAUCUCUCUGGUAUCAAGAUUUCAGUUGUCCGGCUUCGAAGUGGGAGUUUAAGGAGGAAAGGUGUUCACAGCUUCAAGGAAUUUGAUAUACCAGUGGGGUUGAUUGUUCAACCAUAUGUUGAAAGGAUUGUGUUUGUUUACCAGAACUUGGGUAAUUGGUCGUCGGUUUAUUAUCCAUUGCCUGGUUUCACUUAUCUUGCUCCUGUGCUUGGGCUUCUUAUCUAUGAUGCGGCGAACUUGUCUGCUAAGAAUUUGCCAGAGCUUGAUUUCAUUGCUUCAAAGUCGCCUAUUUCGAUUAAUUUCACGAAUGCGGCAGCGGUGCUCAACGGGAUGACUCCACAGUGUGUGUGGUUUAAUUUGGAUGGCUUGCCAGAGUUUAGAGAGUUGAUGUCGGAGAAUGUAUGUUCAACUUAUCGGCAGGGGCACUUUUCCAUUGUUGUCAAUUCUACUGGGCUUGCUCCUUCACCAUCACCUAGUGGAGGACCCGUUUCUGGUCUGAGCCCCGGUCCAAGCCCCAUUCCAAGCAAGAGCCACAAGUCUAAGGUGUGGAAGAUAGUCGGUGGUGUGGUUGGUGGUUUUAUAGGCUUGAUUUUGUUGAGUUUGCUUCUGGCAUGGUUCCUCAUACAUCGGCAAAAUAGAAAGGUGGCAGAGAUGGAACAUCAGGCUGAUGUAGGGGAAGCCUUGCGGAUGACGAGGGUUGGAAGUACUCAGGCUCCUGUGGCUACGGGGACACGGACUCAACCAAUUCUUGAGAAUGAAUACGUUGCUUAAGCUACUGAUGUCUGAUGAGGAGUGAAUUCGUGUUUGAUAUCUGAGGCUGGGUUUCAAUCUGUAUUUGGCCAAGUGUUUAAUGUGUACAGAAUUGAUAGACUUUCCCUGGCUUUGUUCCUUUCGCGCAAGAAUCCUUUUCAGAUGGAUUUUGCAUCACCUGGACUUUGGUUCAGUUCAAGUGCUGUUCAAUAUCGAGCCACAUUCUUUUGAGGUUGUUCUUUUAUGUGUUUAGAUUGUCCUAGUUCUGAACUCUGUUCAUUAUAUGUUCUAUAUAUUAUAAGGAAUUCGAUUUGCAAAGGAAGCAUGCCAUUGACAAGCCACGUCUUGCUGUCUCUGGAGCUGUCUUGAUUAUUUAUUUGAUUGUUGUAUUCAGAUGGAAGUUGCAAAUAAAGCUGAUAUUUUAUUCA